AUGCAUGAGUAUCCUUUGUCAUAUGUGGAUCAUGUUGCAACAAGAGAAGUGUUUGCUUCAAUGCAACCAACGUUUAAGAUGCCAAGCCGAAACACAAUCAAGAAGGAUAUCUUGGAAAUGUACGAAGUGGAGAAGCUUAACAUAAACAAGAUGAUGGAUGCAAAUGAUAGUCGAGUGGCUAUUACAACUGACAUCUUUACUUAUGUUCCUGCUCCUCAUUCAAAUGAAGUUCUCUCUAAUGCAUUAAUGAAAGUUUUGUUGGAGUGGAACUUAGAUAGAAAAUUAUCAACUAUUACAUUGGAUAAUUGUUCUACAAAUGAUGCUAUGAUUGAUGUGUUGUUGGGACUUAAAGAAAGUGUGGAGAAAAUUCGUAAUAGUGUGGUGUAUUGGACUUCAACUAGUAAAAGACAUGAAACCUUUAGAUGUCUUUGCUCGACUAAACAAAAAGAUUCCAAUUAUAAAAGUGUGCCAAGUAAUGAGGAAUGGGAACUGCAAAAGAAAUUUGUGCAUGGCAUGUAUGAUGAGAGAAACUUUGAUAAGUAUUGGGAAGAAAUUCAUGGCAUUAUGGGUGUUGCUGCAAUUCUAGAUCCUAGGUAUAAGCUUGAUGGGCUUGAAUAUAAGUUUGCUAGGGUUAAUGCAGAUGAAGAUGAUGAUGUUGGUUAUCAAUUGUAUAUUAGACAAAAGAAGAAGGAAAAAGGUUCAUUUGUGAAGACGGAAUUUGAUCACUAUGUAGAGGAAGAUGUUCAUCCUUUAAUUCCUGAUUUUGAUAUAUUAGCCUGGUGGAAGCACAAGUGCCGUAUAAUUGCUACUCAUCGUGGUAGUCUUCAUGAAGAUACGGUAGAAGCUCUUAUUGCAAUCAAAAUUGGUGGAAAACCUGAUUAUCAAACUGCUAAUGAAGAUGAUGAUGCAUUUUCUGAACUGACGGAAGAAUAA